AUGGACAAGAAACAGACCAAAGUGAAAGUUGUGAUACGUGUUCGGCCAUCUUUAAAAGAAGAUGCUAAGAUAUGUGUGAGUGCAGGUACAGACUCAGUGGAAAUAUUCAACCAUAGAAACAUCAACGAGAACAUCAAAUAUGAUUUCUCCAGUGUUUACGAUUCAUCCAGCUCCCAACAGCUUAUCUACAAUGAAUGUAUAAAGAAUCUACUCCACCGCAGCUUAGAGGGGGAGAAUGUUUCCAUAUUUGCAUAUGGUCCAACAGGGGCAGGUAAGACCCACACAAUGCUUGGGUCGCCAGCAGAUCCUGGUGUUAUCCCGAGAGUUAUCAACGGUCUCUUCCAGACAAUUGAUAGGAAGACCAAGGACAUAGGUGUACAAGUACAACCCCAUUCACACAAGUUUGAGGUGGCCUUCUCAUAUCUGGAGAUUUAUAAUGAAAAGGUUCAAGACCUGCUGGAACCAAGAAACUGUGACCUCCCAAUAAGAGAGGACGGAAAUCAUAAUAUCUUUGUUGCUGGCCUCGCUGAGAAGACAAUAAAGAAUUUCGAUGAAUUCAAGAAUCUGUUUGGUCCAGCUUCAAAUAACAGGACUGUUGCAGCCACUAAGCUCAAUGACAGGUCAAGUCGCAGCCACAGUAUCCUGAUGUUGAAGGUUCGGAAGACUCAGCUGUGUGCCCCCUACAAGGAAUACCAGGGCAAGAUCUAUCUCAUUGACCUCGCAGGGUCGGAGGACAAUCGGAGGACAGGCAACAAGGGCAUUAGACUGAAAGAGAGUGGUGCCAUCAACAAGUCUCUGUUUUCUCUUGGAGAGGUGGUAGAUGCCAUCAACUGUGGUCUGCCAAGAAUUCCCUACAGAAACAGCAAGCUGACUCGACUGUUGCAGGAUUCCAUCGGAGGGUCUUGUCAUUCCAUCAUGAUCACCAACAUUGCUCCUGAGGAGCACUACUACUACGACACUUACUGUACCCUCAACUUUGCCAGUAAGAGCAAGAAGAUUGUCAACACCAACACUGUGUGCGUCAAGGAAGCUCCAGUUGUGUCAGCCGUAAGUCAUCAGUCGAAACUGAAGAGGAGUAACUCAGCACCCCUACACACAGUUGGUAAAAAGGCCAAACUGUCAUCAUCUCCCCCCGUGAGUGCCGAGGCCCCAGUCUCCAGUGACCCUGCUCCCCUCCUCAGUCCAUUGAUGAGGCGACAGAAGAACCUGGAGCAGACGGUCAACAGUCGACUUCAGGAGAUGGAGCAAAAUAUCCUGAACCACAUCCAACAGGUGGCAGCACAAACUGCCAAAACCUCACAUGGGGAACCUGUCUCCAUGGAAACCAUCCACAAACAACUUUCAGUCUUCCAAGAUCAACUCAAACAGUUGGGACAGUCAACAAAGACAAGCAAGGCAUCAGACUGUACAUCAAAUGAUGAGAAAGGGAAAAAGGGAACAGAAAGGAGACCAAUGAGAGACACAACGAACCAGCAACACAAGACAAAAGUGGUAAAGAAGAAGUCUGUGAAAGAUGAUGGCAUCACCUGCAGUCCUCUAUUUAUUGAUCCACCCAAGCUCUUCAAGAAAGGCUUCAAGUCAACUGGGUCCAAGAGGAACAUAUUUGAAGAGGAUGAUGAAGCUGAGACCAAAGCUUUGGAGAGACUGGCUGAAAACAAGGGGCCAGCACACCUACUCAGCUCAGAGGCACAGCGUAAACACAAUGGUGACUUCCUACAUGUUCUCAACUCCUCAUCAGUGAAGGAACUCCAGCAGCUCCACACUGUGGGCAACAAGAGGGCACGGCUCAUCUUCGAAUGGCGCGAGUUGCAUGGUGUCUUCUCCCAGAUUCAAGACUUAAGAAGUAUUCCUGGCUUUACAGAGAAAUAUAUACAGAAUCUGUUGCAUAGCAACAUGGUGAGCUUGGCUGUGUAGAGAAACUGACACUGUUGCAGAUAUUUGUCCUGGACUGUAUUUAAGUCGUUCACACAAGGACUCUGUGGAACCAAUCUGCUCAUGCUGGUAGCCUGAGGCAGCUGUACCUGGGACUGGAUGCACACAACUGAACAGUGUUAGCUCACACCUUGACUACGGACACCUUCUGACUGUGCUUGUGUGGUAGCCUGAGGCAGCUGUACCUGGGACUGGAUGCACACAACUGAACAGUGUUAGCUCACAUCUUGACUACGGACACCUUCUGACUGUGCUUGUGUGGUAGCCUGAGGCAGCUGUACCUGGGACUGGAUGCACACAACUGAACAGUGUUAGCUCACAUCUUGACUACGGACACCUUCUGACUGUGCUUGUGUGACAUCUUGUGAUGGUUGGUUCCUGCAGGCGUUCCUAAACUGAUGUGUAGCUUACACAACCAUGUAUUCAUCAACCUGUUAAUGACUUUCUACAACUCCAGGAAAGUGUCAGUUCACUUCAUACCAACAAGUACUUGUCAUCGUGUGAUCACUGUGGCUGUAGACAGCGUACAAGCCAGAUGUCUGUGGAAUCAACAGCAACUGCGUCAUACUUCUUACUUUAACAUGUUGGAGAUUUAAUUCAAAAGAUUCUUAUGAACAGUGCAAACAAUCUGUUGUCACGCUGACAAAUCAAGAAACUGUGCAAAUAUCCUGUGUCUUGGUUAACUGUACUUUGGAUGCAGGGGUGUUCAUUUACACAGCCAUGUGUAUGUAACAUUGUGCCAAAUACACAGCACUUCAUGCAUCAGUGAAAGCCAUCAAUGUACUUCAAGUAAUGUCCUGGUCCUCUGGACAGUUUACAUCACAAUUGAGUCAAGGCAAGGUGUUCCUUUGAGUGGAAAAAUGAAACCUUUCUCAUUUACCUCAUUUAUUACUUUAAAAAUGUAUUCAAAGACCCUCUGAUAUAUUGUAGACUUGUAGCACAGGUCUGUUUUAGGUAGCACUGGUCUAAUUGGCUAUCUGAGAAAAUGACGGACAGGUCACAUGGAGUUGUGUGAUGCAGAUGUUCUCCUCACUGUGCAGCAGUGACAGUAGUGGGUGACUGUGGCGCUGUAUCCUGUAUGUGAACCACAGAAACACUGUGUAUACACAAACUAUGAAAUGAGAUUUGUUUAGUACUAUUAUAUAUACUUCAAGGAAUUGCUUAAUAAUGGAGGAAUGCAUUACAGCUACUGAUCUGAGGAAUCUUAUUUCACACUGAACUUCACAGGGGGUCAACAAACCUACUUCCAGUUGUAGUUACUGGUUGUCCUACCUGACAGUGAACAGUGACAACAAACUGGAUUAGUACAUAUGGCAUAUUCAGUAUAUUUGAUGAAAUGUUUCAGUUAUUACCUCCCCCGUCAUAAAAAUUCAAACCAUUUAUUUAGAUAGCAUGAUAGUGAACAUAUUUUCUACAUCUCUGGUUGAUCUUUCUAAAGCUACAAAUGGCAAAUAGUUCUUGUAUUGUGUUCAUUCCACAGUAGUUUGUAUCUCAAUUACAUCAGAUCAUUCAUUGCUUCCACUUGUGCAAUAGCUCAUGAAAUAAACAUAUUUCAUCUUC